CAGUCUGAGAAAACGUCACCUUGGCAACCGGUCUCCAUCAGAUUCCUUCGAAUCAGAGACACAUGCACGCACACACACACACACACACACGCAUAUAUACAUACAUCCUGACAGGAGCACCUUAUACUACACAUCUGCUCCCUGACCAACCCCAGGUGAGAGGUUUUCUUCACGGUUUAGCUGUUCCGGAGACCAUGGUGCAGCUGGGGGCUAACCUGGCAGAGAAAGGUGACAAUGAACAAGGUCUGGAUGAGGACAAGGUACCAUUGAUAACACCUCUUGACGUUGACCAAUUGGAACAACCAUUUCCUGAAAAGUUGAUUGUAAAGACUCGGACAGAAUAUCAGCUGCAGCAGAAAAAAAAGAGGAAGAUCCAUGUGCCAGGGAUAAAACGACUGAACAUAAACCUGUAUGAUGAGGUCUCUGAAAAGGUCAAGCUGACUGGUCUGAUCCUGAUCACAAUGGUUUUUCUGGCUUGUCUUCUGAUGCUGGUGAUGUACAAGGCUCUGUGGUAUGAGCAGCUCACUUGUCCUGAAGGUUUCAUUUUCAAGCACAAGCAUUGCUCUCCUACAGAUCUGGAAAUGUAUUAUUCCCAGCAAGAAGCAGGACCACAUGGCACCCUUUACACAGCAAUCACACAGGCCAAGAAGACUCUUCCAGAAUUGCCUUCUCCCUGGUUGCCAGUCAUCAAUGCCCUAAAGGAGGCAGAGAAAGCCAAAAGAGAGUUGGGGGCAGCACAGCAAUGAGUUUAAUAUAGCUAAGGGAAGGGGAAAAUCUGUGAAAUCAAGGAAAAGUUAAGGGAGAUGGUUGGUUUUGGGAAGAGCAAGAAGUUUUCCCUAUCACCAUGCACUACUUUGCCUGAAACAUCUUCAUGUAAAAAAAAAAACUAGUCCCAGUUAGCAAGGUGUGUUGAAGAUGCAAUAAAGUUAAGGCACUUAAUGUUUUGCAGAAUCUUCUGUGGGGCAGGGUUUCCAUAAAAAUACCACUCAUUGUAACAGAGAGGGAGCUCAAGAGAACUGGACAAAAAAUAAAAAAGUGAAACACACAAAUAAUUUUACAAUGAUUAGAGAUACCAUGGACAAGUCAUAAAAAAA